UCACCUGAACAAGUCAAAUGAAAUAGGUCUUUCUGUGAACGUGUUAAGGCCAGAUCUACUAGGUGAGGAACUUACUUUUGAGAACCAUUUUGCUGAAGUCAGUAGUUGUUCUGUGGGGUUAUCAGUUUUAGGUUGAGAAACAAGUAUAUUAAAAGUCACAUAUAAAAGACAUAUAUGUUUGGCUGGCAUUUCACACACCAUCCUGUUUAUCAUGGAGCCUAUAAAACAAAAAAUAAGAAGGUAUCUAGAGUAAAAUAUCAUGGAAGACUAAAUUAUGAAAAAUAUUCUGCAGUGAAAUUGUAGCUUCCACAAACUGAAACUCUCCAUAAUAAUGCAAUACCUUUAUAAUACAGUUUUUAUUUUAUUUUUAUAAACUAUACAUCUGAUCAAGAUGGUAUGUUACAAUCUGACUUUUUAUUUAACUCUUUUCUUAUAGUUCAAGGCAAAACUAAAAAAAAAUAUCAAAAUUUUUUGUUGAAAUUAAUUCAUUAUUAUAUUAGUAAAACAACCUCAGGACAAUGUCUAAGGCAAAGAAAAUCGCUAAGAUGGAACUGAUAUCAUUGAUUAGAGAAAUAGAAAAGCAACCCCUUUUAUGGGACAAGACAAGCCCGGAAUAUUUAAACAAAGAGGCAAAGAGAAACACUUGGCAAGCGAUUGCCCUCAAUCUUGGACUCACCUAUGAAGAUGCUAAGUUCAAGUGGGACGCACUUAAGAAGAUAUACAGAGUUGAAAUGGGUAGAUAUUUAAGGUCUCAUGUCUCUGGAGAUGGCAUCAAACCAAAAUGGCCUUAUUUAAGCAUUAUGCAAUUCCUGAGAGGACACAUCACAGUAUCAGAGAAAAAAGCUGAUGAACUUGACAUUACAAGGGAAGAAAAAAUGUCGACUACAGAUCUGGUAAGCCUUCUGGUAAGAAAAAAACAAAAUCAGAACAGGGUUAUGAGGCCAUUGAUGCCCCUUGAUAAUUCUGAAAACAAUCCGCCAAAGUCAAAGAAAAAUCAAGUAAGAAAAGUGGAAGUCGUUUCGACGAUAAACCAAACAUUCCAUGCUGACGAGGAUUAUCACUUUCUGCUCAGCUUGCUCGAACCUCUCAGAAGAAUACCAAUGCAGAGGAAGUCAUUUUUUAAGUUACGCCUCCUUCAGCUGUUUUGCAAAGAGCAGAAUGAAGUAAUGGCUCAGAAUCCUUUUAAUCCGUAUGGACUAGAUAACAAUCAAAAAUAAAUUUUGGUUAUACGGCCCAGCAUUUUAUUAUUAAUUGAGGAAGCCUACUUUUGUCCAAAACUGGAAAUAAUUAUUAAGAAGGAAUGAAAAUCUAUCCAGAUGCUGCAAUAACGAAUACGCUAAAAAUUUAAAGUAGUUUACUUAAAACAUGGAAGAAGUCCUCUUAUUCAAAUUUGUUGGUUAAGGUCAGGCAACAUGUCCAUUUGGUUUUUAAAAUAAUAAAGUAAAUACGUUAUUUA